UCAUUUAAAAUAGAGUCUCCUCAAGCUGUUGUGUCUCCUCCAAAUCAAACUAUUCCUGAAGGAAAACCAGCGAACAUUAGCUGUAAAGCUACCGGUUUUCCAAAGCCGACAUUAAGGUGGACCUUUAGUGAGCAUGGAGAUCUUCCUCAAGGUGCAGUUGUGGAAUACAACGAAAGCAGAUCAUUCCUUAAGUUGAAAAAUGUUUCAAAACUCAUGGCAGGAACAUACAAGUGUACAGCCAAAAACAAAGCCAAUUCGACAACUGCGACUGCAACUCUUCGUGUAUGGGGUAUGCCUUGUUUUACACGGAUUAAAUUGAUCUAUAUAUUGAUAUAUAUUUUUUCAUUUUUGUGGAAAAUGCAGAACGAGGAAAGACUAAUAAAAUUGUGGCUCAUGAAUAAAAUGCCUGAGAAACUUGUUUAAUUUAUGCUAAACAUGUUCAGGCAAGUACUAAUAAUAACAUCACGACACCAUAAGGAGGCGUGUCGAUGUCCAUUUGAAAAUCUAGUAAGCCCAUUGUUCUUUGAACAUAAAGGCCCCCAUAAUUCAUACGGGUCAUUUUAAAAGUAAAUUUUCGUAAAAGAAGUUAGGAGUUCCUUAGGAUUUCAUAGACAACGUACAUUAUUUUCUUUUACAAUGGCUGUUACCAAUCAUUGCGAUAUUAAAGCACGUUUUAUUUCCUGCCGCUUUCAUCGUCUACCAGUUGUUAACUUUCCGGAUAACUGAUUCUUGGCGCCAAAUUAUGUAUAGUGACGUGUGUACAACACAACCAAUUCUACAUAAACUGGAAAAAAACCUUUUUAUUUCAACCUUCAUUACAUUACAACUCCAAUAAAAAAAAUCAAUCAUCCUCUUCUUCGCCCAUGGAGCACUUAUAAGGUUUGAUUCGAAAUUUCUUAUGCCGUGUCCGUUUCUUGUGUUUGUCAUGAGUACCAUUAACGAGUCAUCCAAAUAUGGUUUAAAAAGAGUAAACUGCAAAAAGAUUUGAGGCUUGUAACAAAUACGCGUUCAAAGUACACUUGUGCCAAACAUAUUCACUUAAUCAGACUGCUUCAUUCAAAGAAAGGACUUGCUAUCGAUGAGCUCAAAUUCUUGCUCAAUCGACUGUUUGUGACGCAAUCCAUUCCCAACGAUGAAGACUAACCUGCUCUUAAAUGUUAUACUGUUUUUUGUUCUCAUUAAAAGCUGUAUUUCUGCAACAUAUGUAGUGUCUCGUCCUGAAUUCAAUGGUACUGAGCUAUUGAUUAAAGUCUUUUCACGCCUCCUUAUGGUGUCGUGACGUCAUUACUAGUACUUGCUUGACAAUGUUUAGCGUAAAUUAAACAAGUUUCCCGCGAAUUUUAUUUAUGAGCCACAAUUUUACUCGUCUUUCCCCGUCCUCAAACCGGACCAAAACCCCCAUGCACCACUACUAGUCACACAUAUUGAUGGCAUUUCUUCUCUUGCAUUAUAAUCAUUUCUUUUCCCAAAAUGCUAGAGCUGUGAUCCUUUCCACAGUUCGUAGAUAAUUCUGUAAACUUUGAAAUAUAUAUUUCGACUGAAUAUUUUAAGUAAAUUUUGAUAGACAUGUGCUGUAGCCUUUGCAGGCUUUUGUUGAAACAAUUGCAAGCUCUUCUUUUUAUGAAUGUAGUUGCUUUAAUUAAGCUGUUUUAUGUAUCAUUGUCUGCAAAAACGUUAAAGUAAUUUUACAAGUCAAGUAAACUAAACAAUAUGCACGUUUUCCGUACAAUUUCCUUAGUUGGUGUCGAUAAUUAUUCAAAAUUUAAAGGGUUUUUCCUUUACUGCUUUACGAUUCUCUUCUGAUAUUAGGAAAACCUACAGCUGCAAUAGUCGAAAGUUCAUAUCCCACAAUUCUAGCCGGUGCAGACAUUAAGUUAACUUGUAAAGUCAGUGGUUUAAAAGUGGAAGUCAACUGGAAGAAAAACGGCCUCCCAGUACCUAAAAACGAAAAAGUUCGCGUCAGUAGGGUUGGUGACUCAAGUACUCUUGUCAUUAGCAACGUUGGGAGUGAUGACAGCGGCCACUAUUCUUGCGAAGCACGCAAUCCAGCGGGCUACAGUUCCUCGACUGUCAAGAUCAGAGUUACAGGUAGAGUAAUUUGAUUUUCUUGAAAAAAAAAUAGUUAAAGAAAAUAUGGGCGCAACAAGGGCACUAAACACUUAAAACUGUAUUAAGCAAUCAUCCUCAGGAAUAAUAAUGACAGGAGAUUAAAAACUUAGUGUGAGCUACAUACAAAAUUUUGAAAGUGAAGAAUGAGGGGUGAAUGAGGGUUGUUAUUAAAUAUUCCAAAAAUUUAACUUAAACAUAAAUAAGCAUGUAUCUGACGAUAUACAUGACAUUAUUUUCAGCAAAAACACUAAAGAGCAGAAGAGUACAAAUAGUUGACGUUCGUUCAAGCAACUUGGCUUAGUGAAUUAUUAGUCAUGGCGGUCAGGGCCUUUCUGAACAGGGGAGUCCGAAUUAACGGAAAACGAGUUUUGUUGGUCUUGAGUUCGUUGUGAGUCAGUCUGAGGGUUAGAAACAGUAUUUCUGGGACUUGGCUGCAAUGUAAGAUGGCUAGAUGAACAAGCUUGUUAUGUGAACGGCCGCUACAGUUGCAAACCAGGUCGCAUUCACCAUCGUAUAUCCGCUCGAUAUGGUGCGCUUUGACUUUACGUAAUAUGUUUCAUGAGAGUUUUGAAGAAUCGCAUGUUACCUAAUUAAGUGACAGUUUAACAGCGAAAAAAAAGGAAAUAAGGAAAUUACCCGAUUGGGAAGUCUACAGUGUGAUAGUUUUAGAUGCUAAUAGACGGCUGCUUAAUAAAGGGUUGUCUGUAAAGCGUAAAGCGAAGAAGACUUAUACAGUUGUCAGGUGUUGAAGAUUAAAACCUGUUUCAUCAAAUACCUGAGUUAACAUUUUGCCACUCUUACACGCUAAUCCCUUACUUUUUCUACAGCUAUUCCGCCGAGCGGGUCGUCACUGCAGUGGUAUUAUAUUGUUGGCCCCAUUUCUGCUGUCAUAUUUUUUGCACUGUUCAUCUGGUACAUGUGCAAGAGACGACUGAAAGGUGUGACCAUAAACUAUGUCCUCUAAAUAGUCACCAUAGCAACAGGCAAAGUUCCCAACAAGAAAAGAGAGGGCCUUUAUUUCUACUUAUAAAGACGCUACAUUUUGCUCAUCGUCUUCUUAACCCUGCUCAGAGUGGGGGGAGAGCGUUUGUGGCCUCCCCUCGAGAUAGAGUUGAAUAACUUCACAACCGUUCAAAAUAAUGACCGCCAAAAUCAGGGAAUUUCCUAAAAAUUAUCUGGGAUCAUGUUAGAGUCGCGGUAACGAGUACGUCAACAUUACGUUACCAUGGCAAGCAAAGUUUGACCGUUUUUUUUUUAAUAUGCAUUAUUCUUAUGAAAAUGAAAUUAGUAAUCGAACUAUUAUGCUGCACUUAAUUCAGCACAAAUUUUUAUGCGUGCUCUCGUAAUUCGCUCGGUCACCCAACUAUUCCUAAUCGAAAUAAAGGACUACUCUUGGUUUAAUAGUUUUUGCUGCUAGUUUUCAACUUACUUAUAGACUGUCGUUAUUACGAGUAUCUAAUUGUUAUUAUUUUUGUCAGUUGGCAUGGUUUUCGUGGUCUUACAACCCUUUCAUUUCCUGGUACCAGGUGACCUGCCGUCGCCAUAGCAUUGUUAUUAGUAUUGCUUUGCCCUUUUAAACAUAUUUAAGAAACCGCUGUAUUGACUAGUUAUUUUUUUGUCUUCGUUUCUUCUUCAUGGGGAACAGCCAAGGCCAAGUAAGUGUCAUAAAAUCUUUAAAUCUUGCAUUACAUCUUUUUGGGGCGCCAUGUAAAUACAUCGAUCCACUGCAAGCAGAGCUUCCUUUUGUCUUCUUUACCGAGGAGAAAAAGAGGCUCUGCCCAAUCGCGUCAAGCCUUUGAGGCCGCUGCAGCCCAAACUUCUAGCGUAGUCAUCUCUUUUUCUCUUUUUCAAACUAUUUUCCGAGUACGAGCAUCCGUUUAAUGGUAAACCGCGUUUGCUACCGCCGAGCCCGCCGUAGCAAACAUACGGCUAUUAGGCCUGGGUUUAAAUAUAUUAGUAACCUGCGCGCAUGCUCAACAAAGAUCUUACUCGAUUCAAGCACAGUCUUUCUAGAGUACACCAAAAUCGAGCAAGCGAAAGAAGGGUUUUGCUGGCAGGGUGAUAGGUUGAUGAAUAGGAUUAAACUAAUACUUUCAAAACUGAAGAAAAGCAGCGAAAAGAUUAUAUAUCUAAAUUGAUAGUAAAGUAAUUACAAAUAAUUAAAAUCUUUAUACAGGAAGUCGCCAUCACCCAUGGGUGGUUUUCAUACGAGACCUGUCACUAAAUUAAAACUAUACUAAACAAUAAAAACACUAAGUACGUAAAAUAGCUUAAUUUGAAAUACCUACAUGUGAAAGUUACAAAACAUUUGCGGGUAGUAGUAUAAACACAUGAUAGCAUGAUUUGUACGUGAUAUUUGGCGUAAAUACCACUCGUGAUAUUUCAAAAUUGUCUCAAAUUACGUAUAACAACUUUGAAAUAUCACUCGUGGUAUUUAUGCCAAAUAUGACUACAGAUCAUGCUAUUACCUAUACAAAUUAUGCUUAAAGAUGUAAAACUGGCAUGACGCGUUUGGUAAUUGUGGACUAAAGACCCACUAGUAAAAUGAUAAAAAAAUUUAUCCCAGUUAAGGUUCUUCCUGUCGUAUUGUUUUAGUUUGUUUGCUUUCUUGUUUUUUCCUUUGUUUUUUCCCCGUGAUGUUUAGUUGUAUAUUUCUUUUCUUUUUUGCUUCCAACGCUUCCGUGUUGAAGUCGUCUUGCAUAAUUAUACACAAUCCCAGUUCUCUUAGUAACAGCUUUUUGCCACCUUUUCACCUUUGCAGUCUUGCUGAUGAACAUCCGGGACUUGAACUGGAGGAGUUGGUUCACGAGGUGGAUGAAUGGGAGGUUGCACGUGACCGUAUAAAGCUAGAAAAUAUGAUUGGUUCUGGGGCAUUUGGAGCAGUCUGGAAAGCAACUUUGAAACAAUCAGACAAAAAGCAUGGAGCACAGACUGUGGCAGCAAAACACUUCACACGUGAGUCAGUUCAACAUAUUACACUAGACAGCUUUAUCUUUGAUGUGAGCACGACUGUGCCUUAGAUAAUCGCUAUUGUGGAAAGCCCCUAGUGUCAUGUGGCGCGUUUAAGAACCAAAGCUGACUUAAUUUGCUCUCAUCACUUCUGUUGUAGCGACUGCUGGAGAAGAAGGAAGAAAAGCUCUUAUGAAGGAGAUUGAGUUAGGAAAAAGUCUGGCAGAAAAUCCACAUAUUAACGUUGUCAAAUUCAUCGGCUGCGUUACGACACAAAGUAAAAAUCCUCAUUCAUUACCCUUUUCAACACGAUAUUUCGUCUUCUUUUGCUCUUUCUUUUUCGUAUAACAUUUUAUAGCGACAUUGGAAUGUUCACUGAGUUGGAUUGUCUCUUUACAGUUCACCCAAUAAUGAUCAUGGAGUACAUGCCAUAUGGAGACUUGUUGGGUUAUUUGAGAAAGAGCCGAGGAAUUCACGACCAAUAUCAUCAUGGAGAGGGUGAGGGUUUUGAGCUGCAGCCAUAUGACCUGGUCGUAUUUGCGAAGCACAUUGCUACUGGAAUGGUGUAUCUUGGAUGCAGGGGGGUAUGUGAACAGUUAUGAAAUGUAGAAUUUGCUGUUACUUACUCCUUGCCUCAUUACUCCGCUACACAUUUAGUUGUCCACACCAACUCAAGAGAAAUUUCAUUUUAGAAAACGUCAGAGCGGCUUUUUUUUUGAGCGGUUUCAAUCCCUCACUGUACCUGGGCGAGAAGGGAUGUAUUAGAUAUUACAAUCUGGUCAGGACUUAAGACCACUUGUAAGAAACCAGUAACGUUAUAAUAUAACGCUGUAAUGUUAAUCCUCUUCAAAAAAUUUGAAUUACAUAGCCACAUACUUUUCUGGGUGCGGUAAGCAAACGAUUGGCCUAGCAAUUUGCUUGUUCCAUAGCUAUAGUGUCGUUGGUUGCGAAAGCACCGCUUCCAUAAUGUGGGUUCGUAAAGCGAUCGAUAUCGGAUGUAAGUGUCAUUAUAUACAACACUUGCUGUCUGAGCGAAGAAAAUAACGACAAACACAAAGAGCCAUGUUUCUGACCGUGCAAAAUCAUGAUUUCCGUGCGAAAGCUACAGUUUAGUCAGAUAUUUGCUGGUAGAUAGCAAACUAAUCUGUAGGUUGCGCUGAUUUUUAAAAUUAACUGUAGGCUCUUCAUCCGUCUGUCUCGGGAGACAAUGGGAUCGGCGCCAAGGUUUAGUCAGUGGUUGAGCUGCAGCGCCUGCUGUGCUGUACAGUCCGAUUCUUGAUCGGCAGGCUCUGUUGCCGUUGUUGCAGAUGAACUCCGUGCUUGGUUCUGUGGGUACUGAUGCUGCCCUCAGCUGUCCGCCCUCUUUUCUCUCAUUCCACUGCUCUUUUCGCCUCUCAUCACACGCCUGCCUUUGCAAGAAGCCUCCAGUGAUUUCGGUCUACAGCUAUAGCUCCGAAUGUGCUCAGAUCUCGUUUACAAACAACUUUGAAGCGAAGGUUAGGCCUUCCUGCUGGUCUAGUUCCAAUGGUAAGCUCGCUGUACAGUAUGUCCUUAGCAAUUCUUUCGUCCUUCAUGCGGCUUACAUGGCGAAGCCAGCGCAGCCAUCUCUGAAUGAGCAAGGAGAACAUGCUAGGUAAUACCACCUGUGCUAGGACAUCCUUGUUUGGAACACGGUCUUGCCAGGAGAUGCCUAAAUUCCUUCUGAGGCAGCGCAGGUGGAAGGUGUUGAAUCCGCGCUCUUGGCAGGAGUAGAGGGUCCAGGUCUCGUUACUAUACAGCAGCGUGCUAAGUACGCAGGCCUGGUACACUUUCAUCUUGGGGCUGAUGGUCAUCAUCUCUUUCCGAGACGUGCUAGUACUGCUGCUGCUUUUUCAACUCGUUUGUUCAGCUUGGUGUCUCGGGAGAGGUUGCUGGAGCCUACGUAAGUGAACUCCUCCACCGCCUCGAGAGUUUAGUCGCCGGUGGAGAUGGUUGGGGUGCUGCUGACUUCUUGGCCAAGGAUGUUGGUCUUCUUGAGACUGAUGGUGAUACCAAACUUGCUACAAGCGUGUGCAAAGAAGCUGAUGAGUCACCGUGUGCGGUUAAAGCAGCAUCUCUCUUAUCAGUACUUUGCUAACCUUAGUCUUUGCUCGGAAACGUGUAAGGUUUCCGUCGCUUCUGGUGUUAAGGUACACACCAUUUAUUUGACUGGCUGAAGGGGUAAGACAGCAGUAGGAAGAAAAACAUGCCGAAGGGAGUGGGAGCGAGUACACAGCCCUGUUUCACUCCGCUCUUGAUAGGGAAGGGGUCUGAGGUUGAGCCGACGUACUGGACGGUUCCUCGCAUGUCUUCAAGGAGAGACGUGAUCAUCCUUGGGAGCUUGGUGGGGGCAACCCAUCGUCUGCAGGAGAGUAAAUAGACCCUUCCUGAUGACUAGGUUGAAGGCCUUGGUCAGGUCGAUAAAGGCAAUAUAUCUUGGACAGUGAUAAGACAGAUGAGUACAAUAUAUAAUACAGUCUAACCUCCAUAUGCGACCACCUGUCAUAAGCGACCACCUACCAUAAGCAACCGCCUAUCCAUAACACCGUCAACGCCUUACAGUUCGAACCUCUCGUAAACGACGACUUCUUGUAAGUGACCACUUGACGCAUGGUCUGAUCUGUAUCUUCACUGUACGUUCCUUGUUGCCUAUAGUAUAAAAAGAGCUAUUAGAAACAACAUAGAAAUACAUUGUAAAUAUUUUGCGAAUAGAAGUUGCAUGCAAUGAAUUAUUUUCAUAAAGUUGAGGUGUCCAGAACUCUUUUUGGAAGAGACCCCAUGUGGUUCGAUUCUUGUAAACGACUUUUCCCAUAAGCGACCACUAAGUCCUCGCCUUUUGGCUGGUCGCUUACUAGAGAUUAAGAUAUAAUAGAAAAGUAUUGGUUCCUUUGUGAAGGGACGUUACAAGGUUAAAAUGUUAUUGCAGACUGUCGGUUUCCAUAUUACCAGAUAUAUUCCAAAAAAAGUCCUCAGUACUCGCACCUUUAUUGAAAAGAAGUGAUCAAUUUUUUUUCUAACUGUUAGUUACGACCAUGUAACAUGCCUUUAUUUUCAGAUAAUUCACCGUGAUUUGGCAGCAAGGAACGUCCUUCUAGAUCAAAACUUUGUCUGCAAGGUUACCGAUUUUGGGUUAUCAUAUCAAAGCUUCAAGUAUGGCCACGGUAAUGCAAAAAAGGUACGCAGAUGUAACCUAUCAAACUAUAGCUCUUUGUUAAACGCUAAAUUAAUCAUUCUGAUGGAUUUAUUGACAACGUUGACAGGAACAAUGGCGCUCUCCAUAGUAUAAUCCGAAUUCAGUUAAAAGGGAGAUUUUCAGAGUUUUGUAUUUUAGUAGACUAAGAAGAACCCCCUUUUUUAAGUCCCUCGAGCAAAACACGCGCCAGUAAUGUUGAAGAAAAGAUUACGAGUCUCUUUCCAGUCCAACUGUUAGUAGUCUCAAUGGCAAGGAAACCACCAUUGGAGCAAAGCUAGAAUUGGCUACUCCAAGUAAAUUUUUUCAUGACUGUAUUAGGCUAUAUAAACCGCUACAAUAAAAUCGAUACAAACUUGAAACGCUUCAAGUUCUCUUUUUGUCCCCCCUAUGAAACUGGCACGGACAGAUCGUGUUUCAUAAUUUCUUUAAUAAUUCUCUUGAUUUCAACACGGUUAUAUUCUGUACUUUUCUUUUACAACUUAAGUCGUGGUAGAAAAGAAACAAAAGAAAAAUGGCUACCCCGCACGCUUUUUUUUGUUGCAAAUAUUUCCGAUGAUUUUCAACUGUGGUUGACAGAUCCGUUAUUGAUGAUUUUUAAUGUUAGAGAAAAGGAAAUUCCCUUUCAUCAACCUUUAACGCUAUAUUUACACUGUUUCCCUUAUUAUUGUUUAUCUAUGGUGCGUUCACAAAAAUUAAUUUUAAUGAUUUUCCAUUAAUAACAAUAACGUAUGUUAUUAACAUCUACGUAGUAGAAAGGACUUUUGUCAUCAGCAAACUGGUGAGAAAAAAUAAAUGUAACAAGAAAACAACUUGCACAAUCCAAUGUAAUAACGUAACUUCAAUUUACGAUUGUCGUUCGUAUCUAAAAUUAGAAUAGAAAGUACAAUUUCAGCCUAGCUAGAUAAUGCUAGUAGACCUAUGUAAAACAACAGCACAUGUAUAUGUUAAUGUCUUGUCACAUUGUUAUCAUAGGGCUGCAUCCCUGUUAAGUGGACAGCACCUGAGAUUCUUUACGGAAAUCCUGCAGAACUUUCCACCAAAAGUGACGUGUAUGUUGAAAUACAAAUAAGUUAAUCUGAAAACAAUUACAGCAAGAUGCUUAACAGAAUAAAAUGAUGGCACUGCUAAUAAUGACGGGGCAGGUGUUGAAUGUGAAAAACUCUCUCUUUUCUUACUUACUGCGUCCUUUAUAGUUCAAACUGCGACUUUCGAAUUAAUAUGAUCAUUCUCAAGAUCCAUUACUGCUGACAAAAAUCUGAUAUGUAUUUUUCGUUGAAAGGUAACAGCGUACAUUGAUAGGAUUUUUUCACCCAAAAGGAUUUCUUUCGAGCAUCAGUAACGCAUAAGAAGUGAUUAGUGUUUCAUAGCUGAACAACUCAGAUAAUAGUGGUAAUUACGGAGCACAUUUGAAAUAUCAAGCAACAAGCUUUCUUUGUGAUUAUGUUUUCGUUUGGUGGCAGGUGGUCAUAUGGAAUCGUUCUCUACGAGAUAUUCACCAUUGGUAGGUGAUAUAUAUUUAAACUUUUUUGUUUAAACACAAAGAUUUUCACCUUUUUAACUUUUUGCAGAAAAAUGUGUAGAAAAUUUACUGUGUAAAGAUCGCUCUAGAGAGUAUGAAGAAAAUUAAAAUAGGACUUCCUUUGUCCGUCUCCUAUAGUUGAUCACUCGCCACAGUAAUCUUAUUCCUAAAGUUACCUUCUGAGCGGGAACUAAUAAGAGUUAAAGGGUAGAAUGUGAUAGUUUCACUUGCACUCGCAGCUAAAAGUCCCUUACGUGGUCUCUGAGACAGAGAGAUAAUUCUAAGGGGACAGGUAUAAUUUAAGUAAUUGUGGAUCCCAAAAAUAUUUAAAUGCAAUACAUGAAAAUCGUUAGUCUAAAGUGAACUAAUACGGUCUAACCUUUCCGUACUGACCUCCGCAAUACAGGCGACAUCUUUUUAAACCCUGUAUUACAGACAGUUGUUGCGAUCCCGACAUACAAAAAACUCCAUACAAUCUCUACCAUGAGGCUCUUGUAUUGCGAGUACGUAGCUCUGUCAUCAAGGAAGUAUGACUGUUAUUGUUUAUCAGUCAGGUCAUGACUAUGAAACGUCCAGAAUGAACAUUCCAACUGGUGAUUAAUUUCCUUAAUAACUCUGUUUCUGUUUCUAAACGUUCCUUCAAUAAUCUGUAAGUAAACAUGUAUUACGUUUCUAAUUCAAAAAAGCUGAAAAUCGGGUAAUAUCUUCAAGAUUGAACAACGAAAUAUACAUUUUUUUCAAUUCACAGGAGGUAUUCCAUAUCCAGGCUGGUCAGAAGCCAAAACAAUUGCGGAAAUUAAAAAUGGGUAUCACAUGCCAAAGCCCGAACACGUCGACAACACGCUGUACGUUUCACGUCAUAAACUUAUUUAG